AUGCGAAGCAUCUUGUCGCGGCUCCAAGAAGAGGGCGCCUUGGCAAGUUACGGUAUCACUGACGUCGAGUCCAUUGCGAAGGAUUUCGAGGGGAAAUUGGGAGAUGCUAGCAACCCUGAAGAUAUGAUGGCGAGGCUUGACGACUACAUCAAGGACCUGGAGAGUCAGCUCGAUGCUGCCGGAUUCGACGUCAGCGGAUUUGAUGAUUCGAAUCCCGUGGCGACCAUGGAUGUCAUCGAAGCGACGGCUCGCCAGGACCCUUCGAAACGAAAGAAGUACCCCCCGAUUCCGCAGAUCCCCGAAAACGUAUGGAGCUUCAACCAACGAAAGCGUAUCGCACGACUGAAUGCUCUACUCUCGCGAACGACCAAGGAAAUACGGAGAGGGGAGAAUGUGACCGCAAAGACUGCUCAGUCAGUGUGGAAGACGUACAGUGCGGCGCGGCAAUCUCUGGCAAAGGCGUGGGCGCAUGUUCCUCAAGAUGUAUGGAGUUUUCUCUGGGAGGUUCUGUCACUGGAUGAGCCACAGAAUCGGAGCCGACUCACCUAUCUCUCGUUGUUGGCAAGGGAUAUGAGCGAGGCGAAGGUUGCUUUAAGCCCAUCACAGCAGCUGGUGACCGUGGAAGCCAUGUUUGUAGAUGGGUGGGAGACCAAGGCUAUUGAGGGCUGGAAGCGAUGCAUUUCGACACUCGGCGAUAGCGGCGCCGAUACUUUCCAGGAUUUUUGGGAGCUUGGAGUGCGUAUGUUCUGUCAGCAAGGGGAUCUGGCCCAGGCAGAGCGUGCAGUUAACAAGCUGCUGGAGCGUCAGCUCGACCCACGCAUCCUGAUGCCGUACAUCAGAAGCUGCGCCGCGAACCCCGCAGACGAAGCAAGAACCAAGGCAUGGGACGCUUACCGACGCAUGAGAGACCUUCUCGGCACAUCCAUGAGCCUCGAGGAUUACGACCAAGUGAUCUCCUUCUUCUUGACGACAAACCAAACGGAGCCGGCCCUCCAAGCUUUUGUCGAUAUGAUGAGCUCCGGGACAGUGGAAUUGAAGGGAAGAGAGCGCUUGCCUACCCAGAUUGGCAAUAAGUUCUUCUUUGGGAAAUGGCUGAAACGCCUCAUCGGUGCCGGGGAUCUAGACGGAGCACACAGCGUCUUCAUUUUCAUGCGCUCCAAAGGGAUCGAGGCAGCCACUAUCCAGGUAAACGGACUCAUCGGCGCUUGGCAGAGGUCCGGCGGUGCCGACAACCUUGAAAAGGCGGACAAAUUGGCAUGGGACAUGAUCAAUGCCCGCAUCGACUUCGUCCGCAACCGACGUCGGCUGUCUUCUAUGGAGGGGCCGGUUCGCAUCGUCGAAGUCAAUGCAAAUGCCGAACUGGGCGCCAUACCGAAGGCUACUCUCGAGACGUUCUCUCUGCUUGCUGAAAACUACCGCAUUCGACGCCUGCAGGGCGAGAUAGAGAAGCUCUGGGACGCCUUCAGAGAAGCAGAGAUCAGCCCAGAUGCCUUCAUGAUGAACCAGCUGCUGGAGUCGUACUCCCAGAACGGCAACGUCUUCGAGGCACGGCAGCUCUACCGGUCGCUUGUGUACGAACGCAAGGUGAAACCGGACCCGUACACGUUCAUGGCGUUGUGGAAGAUGCUGGGUGCCAACAGGCUGCACAAUGUCAGUGGCGAGGAGCUCGACAACGAAGUCAAGGUCACGCGCGAGACCUUUGCGGAAAUGGUUCGCUUCUCGGCCGUCUUCGAGGCCGACGGCUUCGACGGCCAACUCGCACGCAAGGUGUUGCACACAUUCCGCCGGCUCAAGGACAACCUGGGCAUCGUCACAGCGCUGCGAGCCUUCGAAGUCGUCUUCAAGUUCACGCCACCCGAGGUGUUGGGCCUCGAGAUGCUGCUCGAGACCACCAGCCUUGCAUGGGAGACAGCCCAAGCGAGGCAGAAGCUUCGUCUCGUGAAGCGUAGGAUCGAUGCACACGUCGAGAACCGGCAGAAGCUGCUCGGUCGGUCCACGACGCUGGACGAGAUGACGCCCAAGCAGCGCGGCGAGGAGCUUUCGCAUUACAUGCAGACAGUGUACUUGCAGGAAGUCGGCCCUGUGCCAGAGAGUUACGUUGCACAGGUGGCCAAGGAGAUGGGCGUGUACGAUAUUUUGGCAAAGGCUUAA